AUGCCGGGCCUGGACGUCGGGCCCCUGUUCGAGACGGUGCAGGCCCUGGACAGCGCCCUGACCGCCCAGCUGGCUCAUCCCGGGCAGGCCACCUUCCUAUUAGUGGGUGCCGCCGGGCUGCUGACCAGCGUGUCGCCCUGCACCCUCUCUGUGCUCCCCCUCACCAUUGGGUACAUCGGCGGCUACGGCGAUCAGGCCGGCGGCACGUCCCUGCUGGCCAGGUCGGCCGCCUUUGCGACCGGCCUCGCAGCCUCCCUGGCCCUCCUGGGCCUCGUCAGCGGCCUCGUGGGUGUAGCAUACGGACAGGCGGCGGGCUCGGUGGCACCCAUCCUCGUCAGCAUCGUGGCGAUGGCCAUGGGUCUCAACCUGCUCGGCGUGCUGAGCUUCCGGUUCCCCACCCUGGACUGGGACGUGCGGGACCUGGGCCUCCCCCCCCUCGUGCAGGCCUUCCUGGCGGGGGCCACCUUUGCCCUGGCCGCCUCGCCCUGCUCCACCCCCAUCCUGGCCAGCCUCCUGGCAUACGUGAGCACCACAAAGCAGGCGGGCAUGGGCGCGGCACUCCUCUUCACCUACACCCUGGGCUACGUCGCGCCGCUGCUGGCUGCCGCGGUGCUGACUGGCGGCGCCACCAAGGUCCUCUCCGUGCGCCGGUACUCCGCCUGGAUUCCCACCGCCUCGGGGCUGCUGCUGGUGACGGGGGGCGGCUACACCCUGCUAUCCCGCCUCUUUCCGUAG